AUGCGAGAUUGUGACGAGAACCCACACAAGUUCGUAACGGGAAGUACAUACUAUCCUUACGGCGCUAGCUUUAUCAACGUGGUAUUUCUGGUCUACAAUUACCUGCGAAUCGGUAGUGACCUGCAUACGUAUCUUUCUAAUCAGAUUCUAACUGAUACUAUGGGACCAUCAGUGGGAAUGAGCAAAGGAUCUAAAGGCAAUGUAUGUCGACUGUUACAGUUUCUGGCGGACUACGAUGAUCCGAACUUUAACCAGGCGUUCGGAGAACUUGUAGCGUACUGUUUUAUCCGAAUGCAUUGUAAUUGGCUCAAAAUUUCGGAAAAGGGAACGUUGUUAGAUUUCCAAGAAGCCAUCAACAGUUUAGUACCGUUGCUUGACAAAAUUGGUUCCUGUAACAGACGACUGACGAUGGAAUUCAUCAGAGGUACCAUCCUAAACGUUGUUUAA